AUGGAGAACUUACAUCUGGAACCAAAGGAUCUGAAGUAUUCAUUAUUAGAAGAAGUUACGAAUGGAUUCUCCGAGGAGCACAAGGUUGGCACUGGUGGGUUCGGAGAAGUAUACAAGGGGGUGUUGGAUAACAGGCAAGAGAUCGCUGUGAAGAAGCUCCAUUACAUGCCAGGACUUAAUGAUGAGCAAUUCAAGCAUGAAUUUAAUAACCUCAUGAGGGUCCAACAUCAGAAUAUCAUCCGAUUAGUUGGCUACUGCUAUGAGAUACGCCAUAUACAUCAUGAACUCAAAGGAGAAUAUGUUUUUGCUAGAGUAGAAGAAAGAGCUCUCUGCUUCGAAUACUUGCGGGGUGGUAGCCUUGAUAGGCAUCUUUCUGAUGAAUUUUCUGGACUUGAUUGGCACACACGUUACAAAAUAAUUAAGGGAAUCUGUGAAGGAUUAAAUUACCUUCACAAGGGAUCGAAUGACCCUAUGUACCAUCUUGACUUGAAGCCUGCGAACAUAUUGUUAGAUGAGGAAAUGAUGCCAAAAAUAGGAGAUUUUGGUUUGUCAAGACUCUUUGCUUCAACAAAAACCUUUACCACAAAAAUACUUGCUGGAACACUGGCCUACAUGCCACCAGAGUACAUACAAAAGCGCCAAAUCUCCGAAAAGUAUGACAUAUUCAGCUUAGGUGUGAUAAUCAUAGAGAUAAUUGCGGGACCUCUGGGCCGUUUCAAAUAUGCAGAUAUGUCGUCUUCUGAAGAAUUUAUUCAGCAUGUAAACAAGAAUUGGAGGAAAAGGAUUGCUGAAGUAGAUUGUCGACAAGUCAAGAGAUGCAUCAAAAUAGCAGUAAAUUGUGUGGAUGCUGAUAAAGGCAAUAGGCCUACUAUAGAGGAUGUUAUCCAUGAACUGAAAGAAGGAGAAGAGCAGGACAAGUCCCAGGAGCCAGUAGUUACUAGGCUUGGGCCUUGGGGUGGAAAUGGAGGAAUGGCUUAUGACAUCACAGUAACACCCCACCGUCUGAAAAGUGUGACAAUUUACAGUGGCAUUAUAGUUGAUCAACUUAAGUUCUCAUAUACUGAUCAUAGUGGACAUCAGCGCAAUGUUGGUCAGUGGGGUGGUUCAAUGAGCGGUGAUGGGUAUACGAUUAAGCUUCAGCCAUCGGAGUUUCUGACGGAAAUGGCUGGAACAAUCGGCACAUUUUUCAGAACUCACUCCAACAAUGUUAUAACAUCGCUGGCACUGGUCACCAAUCAGGAUAGAUAUGGACCUUUCGGGCGCGGAGGAGGAAGUCGAUUCCGCGUCCCAAUGGAAAGAAAUUCCAACAUUGUUGGCUUCUUUGCGCGCGCAGGGAGCCAUCUCGAUGCAAUUGGCGUGUAUGUGAGUCGCAUCAGUCACACCACCGAUCAUGAUGGAGAGGAGGUGGUCUCUUGUCCAGGAGAAGAGCAGGAGGAGUCUCAGGAGCCCGUGGCUACUAAGCUUGGGCCUUGGGGAGGAAAUGGAGGAACGGCUUACGACAUCACAGUCGCACCCCACCGUCUGGAAAGCGUGACAGUUUACAGUGGCGUUAUAGUUGAUGUACUUGAGUUUUCAUAUACUGAUCAUAGUGGGCAUGAGCACAAUGUUGGUCCGUGGGGUGGCCCAUGGGAGGGCAAUGCUGGGCAUAAGAUUAAGCUUCGGCCGUCGGAAUUUGUGACAGAAAUUUCUGGAACAGUCGGCAGAUUCGGCAGAUCGUAUUCCAACGUUAUAACAUCGCUGACGAUGGUCACCAAUGAGGGUACAUAUGGACCUUUCGGGGAAGGGCGAGGAAGUCCGUUCCGCAACCGAGUGGAACGCAAUUCCAAAAUGGUUGGCUUCUUCGCGCGCGCGGGGAGAUAUCUUCAUGCAAUUGGCGUAUAUGUGAAACCCGUCCAUCACACCCCUGAUCAUGGUGGAGAGGAAGCGAUCUCUUGA